AUGUCUUCGAAGCAACAAUCUUUUUUAUCAACACAAAUAUGCAUACAAUCAGUGGUUUUCUCAAAUAUCCCAUUCAAAAAAGAUGAACAAAAUUUAUUACAAACAUUGAGAGAAAAAUAUGUUGGUAUCCAAAAGGUCUCUCAAAUUAAAUUUCAAGAUGACAAUCAAAAUUCAAUAGAUGCAAUUAAAAUUGAUUUAAAAUCAGUUGAUAUUGCUAAGCGAUUUCUUCAAGACAAUUAUAUUCUAAUUGGUGAUGAACAAUAUUCCAUUCAAUCAUCAACACAAUCAUUAAUCGCUUUACAAGUUCCAUCCAAUCUAAUAUGUGCACAAUUAGCACAAGACUUGAGACAUAACUAUUUAGGUCUCGAAAAAAUUGUUCGAUUUUAUGAUAAAGAUGGAAAACCAGUUGAUAUUGUUCGAUUGGAUUUUAAAUCUAAUUCGUCUGUAACGAAAAUUCUCAAUGACAAAUAUAUUCUUAUUGAUGGUAAACGAUGUCCUGUUCAACCUUUUUGGUCAUUAGUGUAUCAUUCACAACAAAACGGAAACCUACAUAUUCCUAAAACUGUUCAAAAUGCUUCAAACAAACAAUCUGAAGAUUCUUGGAAUGAACAACCUCAAAAUUACUUGACUGAACAACGUGUUAAGGAAUUAAUUCGUAUACAAGAAUUGGAACUCAAAGCAAUGAUCAAUAGUUUUGAAAAUAAAUGGAAUGCACGUUUAUCAUCAUUAAAAACUACUUCAAAAAAUAUCAAUGUCGAUCAAUUAUUAUCAAUUUUUCAAGAUCUUAAAACAGUUUGUCAACAAUUCAAUCAACAAAAUAAUCAAAUACAAACACGCCUUGGUGCUAUGGUUAAUCGAGUAGAAAAUAUAACAAUGCAAUCAGAAUAUGAAGAAGAAUGGCCAAAAUUAUUAGUACAAAAUGGACAUUAA